AUGACUAUGAACACAACCGUUAAUAUUUUCUCUAAAAACAGCUCAUAUACAACCGGCCAUUCAGCUUCUAAUAACUCAUACCAAGUUUGUGAGAUGACGUCCGACUCCGCUGCAGAAAUAAUAGCAAAAGCUGUGGCUUAUAUUUUCAUUUUCCUAGUCUCGUUUUUCGGAAAUAUCUUUAUUCUUAUGGUCAUUUACAAGAACAAGCAGUUACGAAGAUCCAUCAACUACUUUGUUUUCAACAUGGCUGUAUCUGACCUCUUCAACCCUUUGACCGUCAUGACUGUGAGGAUCGUUGAGAUUAUUUCAGGCUCGGAAUCCUGGAAAGUUGACCGUCCGUGGCUGCUAGCAAAUAUUCUAUGCAAAUUUGCUUACUUUCUCCCAGAUGUUUCUUUAGUGGUUUCCAUCGGAAGCCUUCUUUUGAUCUCAAUAGACAGGCUCAUCGCUGUCGUCUUUCCACUGAAGGCCAAACUUAUCUCCUCAAAAGUACGAUUGAUCAGCAUUCUAAGCACGUGGUUUGUCGCCAUCGCCGUCCAUGCACCUUAUUUCUACAGCUUCAAACUGAUCUCCUACGAAAAUGAAACGUAUUGUAUCAUGAAUUGGGAACCGGCAUUCGACCACAAGAAAACACACGAGGGAUUUUUUACGGCAUCGUUUAUAACUUUCUUCCUCAUUCCCGUUGCUUUCCUGGUUAUUGUUUAUGGUAUUAUCGCAUGGACAAUAAGAAAAAAGAACAAGAAAAGUAAAGAGCGGUUGUCUUGUCGCCAAAACCAUCGAGAUCAGCAGCUAAGGGAAAUUGUCAGAUUGGCAAUGGCCAUUAUUAUUUCCUUUGUUUCCUGCAUGACUCCACUGCUUAUCUAUUUAUUUCUUCUAAUUUUUCUAUGGAAUUGGGAAUCGCCACCCAUUUGUGCAUUUCAAACAAUUAUCCGAUUUAUUUAUUUCUUUAUGCUGCAUUCGUGGAGUGCAGUUAAUCCCUGCAUUUGUUUUAUCUUUAGCAAGGACUAUCGCAAUGGCCUUAGGCAAUGUUUUCAUUGUGACGGUCUCAGUCGAAGGUUAUGA